GAAGACCGGAAUCACCGGUUGGGUUUGUUCAACCAAGGAAGGCAUGGGUUCACAAGUUGAGACCAAGAUGGGUAGCAAUCCAGCCGGAAAAGAAGCCGAUCACAUCAUUAAGAUUUGGCAAGUAAACAGAGACCGGUUGGCAUCGAUGCAACAAAAAGUCUCCGAUACGCCGCAACUUCUGAGCAAAUCGGCUGGCCGGAGCUCCUGCUGCAUCUUCAGAGUUCCCCAGAGCCUGAUUGACAUCAACGGCCGGUGCUAUCAGCCUCAUGUAGUCUCCAUAGGGCCGUACCACCACGGAGAGCUACACCUCAAAAUGAUUGAAGAGCACAAGUGGAGGUUCUUAGGCUCCUUAUUGAACCGAACAGCAAGUAAAGGCCUGGCCUUGGAGGACUACUUGAAGGCCAUACAGCCACUGGAAAUCAGAGCCAGAGAGUGUUACUCCGAAACUAUUCAAUUCGAUACCGAUGAAUUUAUUGAGAUGAUGCUACUUGAUGGUUGUUUUAUCAUUGAAUUGUUUCGGAAGAUUGGUGGGUUGGUUCCAUUCGAGGCAGAUGACCCACUUAUCUCUAUGUCAUGGGUGUAUUCGUUUUUCUUGAGGGAUUUGAUUCGCCUUGAAAAUCAACUUCCAUUUUUUGUUCUCCAGUGCUUGUUCGAUCUAACGAUGAUGCCCGAGGAAGAUUCAGGUCCCUCGUUGGCCACUCUAGCAUUGCAAUUCUUCAACAAUGCGUUGCAGAGACCUGAUGAAGUAAUCUCCAAUUAUACUAAUCUAGAAGGCAAACACCUGCUCGACUUUGUUCGAGGGAGUUUUAUUCCACAGGAUGAUGAAGAGCCUAAAAAUGGUAGCAAUUCACCAACCCAUGUAAUUCAAUGUAUAUCAAAGCUUCGUCGUGCUGGGAUCAAGCUCAAACCCGUGAAGGCCGAUAGCUUCUUGGUUAUAAAGUUCAAGCGCGGAGUGAUUCAGAUGCCAACCAUCACCAUUGAUGAUUUCAUGAGCUCGUUUUUGUUGAAUUGUGUGGCGUAUGAGCAAUGUCACAGUACAUGUUCCAAGCACAUGACAACAUAUGCUACAUUAUUAGAUUGCCUCAUAAACACAGGCAAGGAUGCGGAAUACUUGUGUGACCGGAACAUUAUCGAGAACUAUUUUGGCACUGAUGCUGAAAUAGCUAAGUUCAUCAACAAUUUGGGAAAAGAUGUGUCCUUUGACAUUGACCUGUGCUACUUGGCAGGGUUAUUCGACAAGGUGAAUCAGUACUACCGGAAUGGUUGGCACGUUCAGUGGGCUAGCUUUCGGUACACUUAUUUUGACACACCAUGGUCAUUCAUUGCAUCAAUAGCUGCUUUGAUUCUUUUAGUCCUUACCAUGGCGCAGACCUACUUUACAAUUGUCCCAUAUUAUCGUCCUUCCUAG